AUGAUUUAUGGAAACAACUCAAACGUCUCUAUACCAAUAUUUAAUGGUGAUAAAAAGAACUAUGAAAAUUGGAAAGCUUCAUUCUACGCAUGCAUUGAUCAAGCCCCAGCGACAUCUGAGUAUAAAUUACUUCAGUUACGUCAAUAUUUAUGUGGAGACGCAUUAAAAGCAGUUGAAGGACUUGGGCAUUCGUCAUUCGCUUAUGAAGCUGCAAAAGAAAGACUUGAAAGAAAAUAUGGCGGAACGAGGAGAAAAAUUCUUAUGUAUUUGGAUGAAUUGAAUAACUUUAAACCCAUGAGGGAAAAUAAUCCAAAAGACGUUGAAAAGUUUGCGGAUUUGUUAGAUGUGGCAGUAACAAACUUAAAAGAAGCAAAUCGAACAGAAGAACUUGGCGAUGGGACAUUGUACCAUCAAUUGCAAAAAAAAGUUCAUGAGAUAAUGUUAAUUAGAUACAAACGAUGGGUGUAUGAAAACAAUUUAAACGAAAAUAGAAUAUUAUAUAAAACUAUUGGUAGCAAAGCACACGAAGGAAAUUCUUACUUUGGUAACAGUGAUCAAAAAAAGAAAAUAAAUUGGAUACAGAAAUGUUCUGUUUGCAAAAACGAUCAUAAAAUAUGGGAGACAGCUAAGAAAAAUAAACUCUGCUUUAGAUGCUUGAAUUCUAACCAUUCGUCAAAAGAAUGCAGGAACACAAGAAUUUGUGGGAUUGAUGGCUGUACAGAUACCCAUAAUCAUUUGCUUCACAAGAAAAGUCAUAAAAAAGAAACAAUUUCUGAAGACUACAAAGAAAAAGACACGAUAUUAGAAAAUUCUCAUACGUCGAACAUCCAAUUUCAUUCAAAUCACGUCAUGAACUACAUAUCUCUUAGAACGGUGCCAGUUAUUCUUCGUAAUGGAUAUAAAAAAGUUGUGGUAAACGCAUUGCUUGACGAUGGAAGUACCAAGACAUAUUUGAACUCUGAUGUAGCGGAUGAGUUGUCACUGCAAAGUAAAACCGAAAAAGUAACUGUAAACAUGAUAAAUGGAAAAAUUGAUUCUUUCGAAACGAUACCGGUAGAAUUUCAGUUGGAAUCGUUAAAUGGAGAAACAAAAAUUACAGUGGAAGCUUUUACAGUUAAUAAUGUAACUGGAAACUUAAAAGCAGUUAAUUGGGCAAAUAUGUCAAAAAGUUGGAAACAUCUAAGAAAAAUCGAAUUCCCAAAUAUUGGACCAAAACCAAAAAUUGACAUUCUAAUUGUGGCUCGACUCACGCCGCUCGGAUGGACAUGUGUUGGUGGUACUGGUGGAUCUCUUCAAACUCAUUUUACGAAAAUAACAUCUAGUACAAAGGAAAUAGAAGAUGCAAACAACACCAUUAAAAAAUUAUGGGAAAUUGAAGGCGACGAAGAGAUGCAAUUUAGAAAAAUAAUGACAAGUCCAGAAGACUCUACCGCCCUUAAUAUAGUAACUUAUUCGCUAAAAACGGAGAACGGAAGAUAUGAGCUAAAAUUACCAUGGAAAGGUAAUCGACAUUUGAACAAUAAUUAUACAAUGGCGUUAAACAGAUUACAAAAUACGGAAAAACGGCUAAUGAAAAACAAAAGUCUAGGAGAAGAGUACAAUAAUAUUAUUAAGCAGUAUCAAGAAAAAGGAUACUUGGAGAAAAUCAAUAAAAGGGAUCUUGGAGAUGGUUGGUACUUACCACAUUUUCUAAUUCUUCGUCCUGAUAAAUCAACUACAAAAGUCAGAAUUGUGUUUGAUGGAUCUGCAAAAUUUAAUGGUAAAUCAAUUAAUGAUGUUAUUUAUCAAGGUCCAAAACUUCAACAAGACCUUGUGACUGUUUUGCUGAGAUUUCGAAAAUACCCAGUGGCUUUAGCUUGUGAUAUAGCAGAAAUGUAUUUAAAAAUUGGAAUACAUAAAGAUGACCAAAGGUACCAACAAAUUUUAUGGAGAAACCUAGGUUUAACUGCCGAGCCUGAGGUAUUUCAGUUUAAUCGGCUCGUAUUUGGAAUCAACUCACCUUUUAUGGCUCAAUUUGUAACGCAAGAACACGCAAGAAAGUAUGCAAAAAAAUUUCCUUUGGCUUCUGAAGCUGUUCUUGAAGCAACUUACAUGGACGACACUAUAACUUCUGUAGUUGAUGAAAAAGUAGGAAUUCAAUUAUACAAGGAACUCAAGCUACUAUGGGGUUCAGCAGGAAUGUUUGCACGAAAGUGGCUUUCAGACUCGGUCGAAGUUAAAAUAACACCAGAAAAUGAUCGUGCAGAACAUAUAAAUUUAGAUUCUGGAGAAUUGCCUGCAAUGAAAACACUUAGAGUUGUCUGGAAAGCAAAACCUGAUUUAUUUAGUUUUCAUUCUGUAACAACCGAAGAAAAUACGGUAUAUACAAAACGAAUUUUGCUUAAAAAAAUGGCAACGUUGUUUGAUCCAUUGGGUUUUUUGGCACCAUAUAUCAUUCGAAUCAAAAUAAUUAUGCAGAAACUGUGUAUUGAUAGAAUUGAGUGGGAUGAAACAGUUCCGGAUAGGAUUGCAAAUAAUGUUGAUCAAUGGUUUCAAGAACUAAACGAUCUCCCAAAAAUAAACAUUCCCAGAUGUUUACAAACAACCUCGACAGUAACAAAUAGUAUACCAAGACUUGAGUUACUUGGAGCUGUCCUCGGUUUACGACUUGCAGAGAAGAUUGUCAAGGCAUUGAAGCUGGAAACUAAGGACGUAACUAUAUGGUGUGGUAGUCUUAAUGUUUUAUGGUGGAUAAAAAAUCAAAGUCGAAAGUUGAAACCAUUUGUUGCCAACCGUGUUGAAUUCAUUCAAUCAAAGACUGAACUAAAACAAUGGAGAUACAUACCAACAAAAACUAAUGUAGCUGAUUUACUAACAAGGGGCAAUUAUGUAUGGUGGCAUGGACCAAGUUUCCUUAAUUCUUUAGAAGAAAAAUGGCCACAGAAUCACAUUGAAGUUACACAAGAGGCUUCAAUUGAAGUAAAGAAAAAUUUAGUAUUAAUGAAUUUUGCAUUAUCCACUGAAGUAACAAAGCAAUUGCUUGAUAUAAACAAGUUCUCAUGUUGGAAAAAACUUGUCAGGAUAAACGGCUGGAUCCAUCGGUUUAUAGGAAAUUGUCGAUUUGAAACAGACUAUCGUAAAAAGGGUGAUAUAGCAGUUGAUGAAUAUCAUGAAAGCGAAAAAGAAAUCAUAGCUAAAGCUCAAAAAGAAAGCUUUAAAGAAGAAUAUAGCAACAUUAAAAAAGGAAAACCGAUAUCGAUAUCAAGCAAAAUUAUUUCUUUAAAUCCGCAAAUUGACGAAGACGGAUUAUUGCGAUCUUGCAGUCGAUUGCAAAAUGCCCAUUACUUACCCUACGAUGUCAAGUAUCCAAUCAUUUUGCCGAGAGGACAUACAAUAACAAAAUUGAUUGUUAAGCAUUACCAUGACGAAGCCAAUCAUGUGAUGGGAACAAAUCAAUUAUUAACAAAACUAUUAGAACGAUAUUGGGUAAUACGAGGACGAGAAGAAAUUCGAGAUGCAGAAGCAAAAUGCAACAAAUGUAAAUUAAGUAGAUGUAGACCUGCUCAGCAGCUGAUGGCCCCUUUACCAGCAAUGCGCUUUAAAGAACCACUACGUGCGUUUGCUAGAAUUGGUAUUGAUUUUGCUGGUCCAUUUCUUACUAUGCAAGGUAGAGGGAAGAUACGACAAAAGAGAUACUUGUGCUUGUUUACCUGUUUACUAUCACGAGCAGUACAUCUUGAGAUGGCUUAUAAUCUAGAUACAAAUUCAUUCCUCAAUGCCUUUUAUCGAAUGGUCAAUAGAAGAGGAUUACCAUUAGAAGUUUUAACGGACAAUGGAACAAAUUUUGUCGGAGGAUGUCGAGAACUAAACGAAAUUGUCAACGACUUAGAUAAGGAUAAAAUUACUAACUCUACAGCUGAUAAAGGAAUCAAGUGGCACUUUAAUGCUUCGUUAGGACCUCAUCUAGGCGGUGUAUUUGAAAUAAUGGUCAAAGCUGUCAAACGUGCAAUGACUGGGAUACUCGAAAAAGCCGAUAUUACAGAUGAAGAACUCUGUACGGCAUUUACAGGUGCUGAGAGUUUAUUGAAUUCUCGCCCACUAACAUAUCAGAGCGCCAAUAUAAAAGAUGAUAUUCCAUUAACUCCAAAUCAUUUUUUGAUUGGGCAAGUUGGUGAACAAUUUGCACCUGACUCAGUUCAAUCUAAAGGCUAUCAUCCUAAAAAGCGCUGGCGUCGAGUGCAAGAACCACUAAGUCAUUUUUGGAAACGAUAG